AUGUGGUUGGUUUCAACUGGGAUAUUAAGGCAAUACCAAGAGCAUAAGUUAUGUUUAAAAUAUAAACGUACGUUAUUUUUGGAAACCGAACUUUAUAAAAUAUCCAGUAUGGUGUAUGCCAGAGAAAAUAUGUUAGUGAUUGAGUCAAAAACUCAUGAAGGGUGCAGAGUGCUGUUAAAUCGGAAGGACCUUAUUCAACUACAGUAUUUGGAAUGGUGCAUAUUUGAAACGAUUACACAAAAAUCAAAUAUAACACAACCAGCUGUCCUAAAACAAUUCGAAAUAUUUUUAAACUAUAUUGAUGUUGAAUUUACCAAAGUUGAUUCACCGCCGAAAAAUCAUGAAGAAAUGGUUACAUUUAUCAAAAAUUUAAGUUAUAAUAAAAUUAUUAGGCCCACUUCUACAGAAGAAGACAUGGGUUUCAUCAACCAACUUAGAGUGUAUGUGUUAUCACAAUUAGCCAGACAUUGGGCGCAACGAUGGAGCGGAGAACAAGUGGAAGAAGAAGAAAACUCACCAGAGGUAAAUCUUUAA